GAUAAUAUAUCAGGAUUUCCUUUUGAGAAUUGUCUUGGUCAAAUUAAGCAUCUUCUACGCAAGCCACAUCAGACACUACAACAGGUAGUUAAAAGGUUGUCUGAAACCUCACAUGUUGGACCCACAUGUUCUAGAGAUUAUCCAAAGUUGCUUAACAUCCACAUUGAUGGUCCAGUCCCCACACAGUUUAUUUCGUCACAACAGUACAGGAAGGUCUCCACUCAUCGGUUUACUUUGUCCACAAAGAAAGGAGACAAUUGUGUUGAAGUUGGAGAUGGAUUUGCAUUAAUAGAGAAUAUUAUUAAAUCAGAAGAGGAUACAUAUAUAAUCGUCAGAAUGUACGGACACAAACAGCCAUAUUACAUGUAUCCCUGUGAAUCAUCAUACAUUGGCACAUACAAAGUCAGUGGCUUGAAAGAAAAUAUAGGGGUAGUUGGACUGGCCUCUAUCAAGCGCAAAUGCCUUCUCUGUCCAGACAUGGAUGGUGCCAUUGUAAUACCACUACUUCAUUUAGCAUAGUCAUGCUGCCCUGCCAAAGUGCAGUAUCUGUAACUGAGAUGUAUAUCAUGGCAUAAAUUACCUAAAAAUAACAUUUAUCUAAUUCUUACCUGUGCAAAUAACAUGUUUGACUGGCCAAAAACUACAAUGUCUGUAGUGCACUUUGGCUUUGAAGAGUGAAAUGGGGAUGACCUGUAAGGAGAUAUCAUGAGUAGUUCUCAUUUCAUCCCUAGCCCUUCGAAGAUGAGUAGAGAGGCACUGUGGUCAGUUGUACAGUUCCCAAAUGGUGGGACAGCAGUAGUUCUAGAGAGCUGGUUUAAAGCUGAGGAACAGACGCUGUUAUGGCCCCCAAAACACAUAACACUCAAGAAAGCCCUUCGAGACGGAAUGCAACCAGACGACAAAUGGAUCACCUAUACGGAUGUACGAGUCCUCAUUACGUGUGAGACCCUUGAUGAGGCGAAAAAACGAGAGACAAAAUAUAACACCACAAUGUGUCCAACAUCUGAAAUUGAAUCUCAUGAUGAAGGAGCUAUCCGCCAAAAAAGAAUAUCCAGGCCAAAUCAGCAGUUUAUGCAUUCUGAUUCUGAAGACCAUCAGAGUAGCAGUGCAAAAAGAAAGCGUUUUGCCAAACCACCUGAUGUUGGAUGUCCAGUAGAUCUUGUUGCUAGCAACUACCAACAAUCACUAGCUGAUGAAGUUCUUAAUGCUGAGAUGCCAGGUUUUGCUACAGCCCACUGUGUCCAGUACCACAAGUUGCAGAAUCCACAGCGACAAAGUACAAGUAUUGGGUUGUCUGGAUGCAGCUCAAGGCAGUAUAACCAUCGCCCUGGUCUCUCACAAUGUGCACAAAAUAGGCUGCCAUUGGAUAUAUCACAGACAAACUCCGACCAGAAUGAUGUAUUGGAUUCAGCGCCUAAUCAAGGUUUCGAAGAUGCAACCACACAAAGGGCCAGCAAUAAUGGGCAGCUUUUGAGAGAUUGCUCGACUGGCUCUAGUAGGAGGCACCAAUUCAGCCAACAUGAUAAGAAGAAUGUUGACAACUUGUAUGAGAAAUGCCCUGGCAAGUCAGUUCAACUGGGCUGGGAAGAAACAUAGGCAUUCCCAGAGUAAAAAGCCAUUCAAGGACACAAUCCUGCAAGAGUGCAUAUUAGUUGCUGCUCGUCAAUUCGAACCAGGCCUAACUGAUCAAAAUUACAGCGAAACAGUAAAGAAAUGGUUUCGCUAUGCACCAGACCGGGAGGGAGGCAUUGAAAGGCAACCAAAGGGACGGCCAGAAGACUGAAAUUAAAUAAAAUAUUUAAGCAAUGCCA